AUGGAGGUUCCUACAACCACUAGUGCUGGUCACUCUGCCGUCUCAACUUCUGCCUGUCAACCACUGCUUGCGAGAAUACAGGACGCUGGCCUGGCGCCAAAGAUGUGGGAGAAGACUGAUCCAGAAUCUCGUCCGAUUAAAGCAUCUCGUUCCAAAAAGAUGCGAGGCUCCGGUAUCUCCAAGAAGAAACAAACGAAGCGGCAAGUGGAACAAUCUAGCGUGAAGACGCAAGGAAAUGUCAUUUCCAGGAUCUCAAAAGACGAUGCGGAGAACCAGCCUGUUCUUGAUGCAGGACCUGCAAUUUCAGCUCGAGCGACGUCCGCGAGGAAACGACCCCAACUGUCGCCCGCCGCAUUUCGCACUGUUCGAGCGGUCCUUGACUCUCGCACCUCGCGUGAACGGGCACAGCAGAAACAAAUGGAGCUCAAGAUUCGCGGUGCAGCUCAAGCCAUGUCCAGCGGUCACGACAUGCGAUUCCUGUAUUACAGCCUCGAGAUGGGCAUUAUACCCGUUGAGCAGUUGAGGACUUCGUCACACUGCGUGCCGAGCUCUUCGUCGACGGACAGUGUCUCGCUGGUCAGCUCGUCGCCGCCGCGCCCGGUUGUCGCAGCCUUUCUCCAGGAAGCAUGGCCCCAGCUCCAGUGCUUAGAGAUGCCGGAUAGUAUGCGAAACAUUUCGCGCGACUGA